CAUUAUGAAAAAAAAACAUUAAAAAAACUAACACCUAUAAACAUCCUGCCGGUUUAUCAUACAUGAAAAACGAAUAGAUUUAGGAUUAGUACUGUGGAUAACGUAAAAUACAAUAUACUCAGUAAAUAAGGUAGUAUUCUUUUAAAAAAACAAAUGUCUUGUAUUUAUGUGAUCUAACCUGAACUUGAACCUACUUACUUUGAGAAUUGAUGUAGUAAUGUCAGUAAUGUUUAUUUUAUUAUUGUUCGCAUUUUAGUUUUACUUGUUUCUUGGUUUGGCUGAGGUUUGGUCACGGUCUUUGCUGCAGUUAUACUACUGACUUGGUGAACUUGGUCUUAUUAAUUUUAAGAGCGCAGCGGCUUAUUAAUAACAAUUUAAUUUAACAAUCUCUUUUUUUAUAUAUUAUUAAUAUAUAUUUUACUUCUGCUGUCCCCUGUGACCUGCAUCCUCUUCAAAACCGCCCCAACUCCGAACUCCACGUUUUAUAAAUGUUAGUACUCGGCAGUUCUGAGUCUAAGUGGACAAAAAAGGCUGGCAGCCAGGCCCAACUUCAUGGUAGACGGCUGAACUUCAGUCACUAGGUUGAUUUUUUUUCUUUAGGGUGAGGCAACUAUUAUUUGGUGUUGUUAUUGUUGAGUACCUCUGUCACACAGUGAGCUUCAUGAUGAUUAAUGUAAGGUCUGAGUCACUGAGUCUGAACUCUUUUGUUAUUAUUAUUUAUAGUUAUAGGUUGACUUUUUAAACUUAAACUUUAGACAAAGAAUGUGAAUGCUUUUUUAAAAAAUGUCAUUGUUUUUUUCACAUCUUUGUUCUGGGGCAGAACACAGAAUGGAGUCAUUGGCCAUCAUUUCAUUUCAGGGAUGUGUGCGCCUGUGAGUCUUUUCUGUAGCCUGGUACAGUAUAGCACUAGUAUUGCUAUUUUUGUUAUACUGCGACUAUUGUUUUUUAAGUCUUUGUUUCAAAAUGAACGACAGUACCUUCUCUGUUGACGGGUACAACUUGAUCUGUAUUCCGGGAUCUAGCAACUUCUUGUUCCUUUCAGUGGGUUAUUUCUUGACAAACGGUUGAAGAAGGCAGUGCACUAUCACUACCACAUAGGCUAUAGGAUCAUAUUUUCCAUUGCAUGUUAUAGAAAAGGAGAAGCUGGCAAUUUAAUUGUUGUACUUGGACCCACCUAGUUAGUCCUAGUCUAGGAAUCAGAUGAUACUGAUACUUCUAAUUGACUUAGUUGUCUUGUCUUAGUAAUAUACUUAUACUAUAUAUAAAUUAUAAAUUUAAUAUUUUUAUUUAGGCCCCAUACAAGCUAAGUGUUCAUCAUCAUCACUUGUCAUCCCAUCUGGGGCAUCUGCGCUGGCAGGCUAACUCUUCCACUGGUUCUUGUUGUGUGCGCCGUCAGAGAUCCUCGUUGGUGAUGACGUUGGGCCAGCGGAUUCAUGGAAUCAUUCGGAGACAUGAGUUGAUAAACGUCUGUAGCUUUUUUGAACCAGCUGCUGUUGUUCGCCAUGUUUCUGCUCCAAAUAGCAAGACAGAUUUCACUGUGGUGUUGAUUAUCCUGACCUUGGUCUGGAGGUUCAAGUUGCUGCAGCUUCAGACUUUUUUUUAGCUGGUUAAAUGUAGUUCUUGCUUUGCCAAUUCUCUCUCUUAUGUCGGUGUCUGUCCCUCCUUGUAUGUCAAUGAUGCUGCUGAGGCAUGUAAAGCCAUCCACCUCCUCAAGGUUUGUUCCUUCCAGUACUAAAGGUGUGUUGCUUGGUGUAUUUAUUUUAAGGACUUUGCUUUUUCCUCUAUGUAUGUUCAGGCCAAUGCAAGCAGAGUACUCUGCUACAUAAUUGGUUUUCUCUUGCUGUGUGUGUGAUAAUAGGGCCCGAUCAUCUGCAAAAUCCAGGUCAUCAAGCUGUUUCCAUAGUGUCCACUGGAUACCAUUUAUCUUCUGCUCUGUAGACAUUUUCAUUAUCCGAUCAAUGGUGAGCAGGAAUAAGAAAGGCGAGUGCAGAUACCCCUGUCUGACAUCGGUCUGUACCCCAAAAGCUGCAGUUGCUUGUUGGCCAUGAAAAAUUAUGCACGAUAGUCCUUGGUAAGAAGCCUUAAUUAUGUCUGUCAAUUUUUGUGGUACCCCGUAGUGUCUUAGCAGCUUUCACAGAGUCUGUCUGUCUACACUAUCAAAAGGCUUCUUAUAGUAAUUAAAGUUUAUGUAGAGUGGCGAGUUCCACUCCAGGGAUUUUUCCAUUAUAAUUCUCAGUAUGGCAAUCUGGUCUGUGCAGGAUCUGUCUUUUCUGAAACCUGCUUGUUGGUCCCUAAGAUGGGCAUCUAUUGCCUCCCUCAUUCUGUUUAGCAGCAUUCUGUUGAAUACUUCGCAGGGUUAUUCUUCUAUAGUUAGAGCAAGAACUAAGGUCUCCUUUCUUCAGCAGCUUAAUGAGGUGUCCUUCUUUCCACCCAAACGGUAUCUGAUCUUUCUCCCAUAUUUUCUUGAAAAGCGUGUGUAGUAUUUCAGUGCUAGUCAUAAUAUCUGCUGUCAGGGCUUCUGUCAGUAUUCUUUUGGACAAAUAUGCCUUUCUUUAGUUGUUUAAUUGCUCUGCAUAUCUCUUGUUUUGUGGGUGUGCUGCAAUCUAUUUCUAAAUUUUGUUCUGCUAGCUCUAUGUUGAGUGUGUGUUGUGGGGUUGGCCGGUCGAGGAGUUCUUCAAAAUGCUAUUUCCAUCUUUUUUUCUGAUCAUGUUCAUCAGAUAGUGAUUUCCCAUAUUUAGUUUUGGUAAUCUACCACUUGAGCGUUGGCCAGCUGUUCCUGUUUGAAGGGCUAUUUAAACAACUAUUCUUAUAUUAUUUUUAAUGACAUUGGUUGUACGUAUUCAUUCCCAUAAUAAUAGACAAUUUUUUUAAAUUAGAAAAACUAUAACAAUUUUUUUGAAAUAGAAGAUAAUGUGUGAACAUGGAAUUAUGCAUAGUUCUCCCCCAAGUUGACAAUGAAGUUUAAAAAAAAUAUAAUUUCCACGAAAACGGUUGUGGUACAUGAAUCCACGUAAAUAUGAAGGGGAAAGAUCACCGGCGCAUCUUGUGCCAAACUGUCUUUUCAGUUUAAGCUUUCUGAGCAUUCACGUUUUCCACAUUCUGUGUGUGGACAUCCGCGUUAUCUGGGUUAAAAAAAAAUAAUUGUUGUCUCUUUUUCUUCCUGGCAUAUCGGUAGCUUGGCAGUAAUCAUUAUUUAAAUGUAUUAGUAUUGUGCUAUAUAACUUUAUAGCCUCUAUACAGAAGCAAAAAUAUUGACAGACUCCAAAGUAAGAACAGUUGUUUAAAUAGCUCUUCCAAACGGAACAACUGGAUUUUUUCUUGGCCGACGCUGAAGUGGUAGAUUACCUUAGUUUUAACUGGUCUCUCUGGAUUGUUGAACUUUCCAGAUAACUUUUUGAUUGUACUGAAUAAUUCUCUUGUGUUUCCAUGGUAAGCUGCCUCUUCUGCGUCACUUGCUAAUCCUUCUAUGUAGUUCUUUUUAUCUGUCUUUAUACUACAUUUUACGUCUUUAUUUGCUUCUGUGUAUUCUGCUGAUGCUCUGAGACCUUUUCAGUUGUGGUGCGGCUAUUGUUUAGAUUUGCCUUCAUUUUCCUUUAUUGGAUUUUCCCAUGGUUUCAGCAGAAAUCCAUUCUUUAUGUGUUUGUUGCCUAGGGCCCAACACUUCUUUGCAGGUAGUCAUGAAUAUCUCUUUGAUGUCUUUCCAAUUUUGGUAAAUUGUUUCCUCAUUGUCUAGUUCUUGUAAGAUCUGUAACUUGUUGGAGAUAGUAAGUUUAAACUCAUUUAGUUUGUAUUCGUCUUUCAAGAGAUUGGUGUUAAAACGUUGGCGGUUGCUUCCCUCACUUGUCUUGUUCUUUUUCAGUUUAGGCCUUAGUUUGACAAUCAAUAGAUGACAGUCUGAGGCUACAUCUGCGCCACCCCCCCCCCCCCCCUUUUACCCUAACAUCCGGUCCUUCCUGAUACAGUUUCAGCGCAGACUUGAUGUCAGUCAACACGGGAUACAGUUUCAGUGUAGACUUGAUGUCAGUCAACACGGAUGACUUUAGCUAGUAUUUGCUGCCUGAUUUAGGUUGCAACACAUCUCUUUCUAUUACGUUUGACCAUAGAGUUUUGUGGGUGUGUACAUGCUAUAACCUGGGGUUUACCUGAUCUAUCUCAGUGACCCUAGAGCACACUAUUGUGUGUUACAUUAUAGCAUAAAGUUAGAUAUUUAAGUGGCACCUUUACACACAUAUAUAAUAAACAUUUUUAUAAUAAUUGGGUUCCUGGACUUUGAAUUUGAUUGGGGGGAAUGGGGGUGGGGGUCUGCAGAGGAGGAUUAGUCUGCUUCUCAGAAUUUUUUUAUGAUUCACAAUACAGGGAAGCAUUUUGAAAUACUGAAAAUUAUUUUUGCAGCAUUCUACACAGAGAUCAAAAGAAGAAAUGCUAGUGGAAAUUUAGGUUCUCUGAUCUGAAUGUGAUAAUACAAAACUUGUAAUUUUAGUUGUUACCAAACAGUAAUGCUUAUUAUUUUGAUUAAAACUAUUUAUUUGUUUAAAAUACUUCAUUAAUAAGACAGACCUGUUUACUCUUACGAUUUUGAGGUGUAUACAUUUUAUAUACUGUUUGUUUAUUUUUUUACUAUUAAGAUAAUGUAUUGAACGCUUUUGUGAUGAUGUUGUACGAUUUUUAGAGUUUGAGGGUAAACAGGUCUGAUAAGAGAUUUUUAAAAAUAAAAUAAGUAGUUUGAAGGUAUUUUUUAAAAAAUAAGUCACACAAAAAAUUUCCUGUCAUUCUGCCACGUCCGCAAGGUGACUUAUGAUUUGCGCUGCAACUGAAGACAUGACAAGACGAGCAGAGAGAUGCAUUGCACUUUGUUAAUAUUGCGUAAAGUCAUCUUAAGUAAUUUUUUUUCAGAAAACUGAUGGAAAACAUUUUUAAAAAAAAUUAAACAAAAGUUUUACACAAAAAUUAUUUUUUAAGAUGCAUAGGAAAAAAAGUGACAUAUUUUUUAAAAGGCCCCACUUUUAUAAAAAUUGUCACAGAGGAAGCGCCUGCCUCCUCUCUUCCCUUGGCUACGUUAAAGGUCUAUACUCUUGCUAUAAUAUAAAGGCUGAUUUAACAUUGUAAAUUAAAAGCCAUCUUCUUUAAUAACCAGUGAUCUUAUUUUAACGUUUGUAAAUUAUUAAAAAUUGUUAUCUCUCCUUCUGGGUACUCUAUAAAUUACAAUAUUGGUAGAAUAAAAAAGGCAAGUCCAUUCCGACAAUUAUUUAUAAUCUUGGUGUAGUGAAGUUUACUAAUAAGGAAUUAUAGACUUUAUUAAAAAAUAUGUAAAAAAAUGAUUAUCAUUCUAGAUGACUGUUCCUCCUGGAAAGACACCCAUUAGCUACCUACAGGAGUAUGCUACUAAGCAUGCAAUCACACCUCAGUAUGAUCUCAUAGCCAAUGAAGGAGCUGUACAUGAGCCUACCUUUAUCAUGAGAGUAACAGUGGGAGACAAUGCUGUUGCCACUGGAAAAGGUAAGACAUUAUUAAUAACUAUAUCAAGACUUUAUAAACCAUUUGACUACCCUCUAGACAUAUAUAUUAGGGAUGAUGGUAGAAUUAUUCAAACUAAAAUAAAUUUGAAAAAGUUUGUUUGCUUCAUGUAAAUACUGAUUACUAAAUUAUAAAAAUUUCAUAAAAAUUGUUGGCCUUGAUUAGCAUAACGUCGAGCGGGGCGGUGGCCUAUGCCUCCUGAUCGGCAAGCCACCACAGACUUGUCAACUGGAGCCCCAGGGGAGGCACUCGAUUGACUAAGCCUUCCUAUUUAUAUGGAUGAUGGGGCAAAUAUAACUUUCCAUGGAAUUAAUGAAAAAAUCAAACAAUUGAAACUUUAAAAUGCAUAAAGUAGUUUGAAUACAUUGUAUAUUUUAAAAAAAAAAUGUCUUUCUUUUAAGGUUCCAGCAAAAAGAAGGCUAAACAUGCAGCUGCCCAAAAUGCACUGAACAUUUUAUUGGGUGUCACUAACGGGCAGGAAGAAAUAAAAGAGGAACCUACUGUGUAAGUAUUAUUUUGUACAAAUUUAUUACAUUCACAAUUGGCUAUGCUACUUUAAGAUAAGUGCAUGAGUUGAUCAGAUUUUGUUCGAUCAAUAAAAUUUUGAAACAAGCUUAUAGUCUUAUAUUGUAAAUGUUUUAGUUUUGAGAAUAGACUAAUGAAAAUUUUGUCAUUUCAAUUUAAAUAAAUUUCAAUUGAUAUAUAUUUGAAACAUUCCUUUUCUAAGUUUGUGUGAUUAUUAUACAUUUUAUGAUGUUUUGUAAAUAUAUCAAAACGUAAUCUCCCAUAUUUUCAAUUUAGAUCUACAGCUCCCACUCCAAACAAAGAGGAAGAUGUAGGAAACCCAAUUGGAGAAUUACAAGAGUUUACUCAAAAGAAAUUAUUGAAGCCUCCAAUUUAUGAAUUCGUCACAGAGCAAGGUCCUCCUCAUGCCAGAGAAUUCAUUUGCAAUAUUAAGCUUGGGAAGUUCACUGAUAAAGGUAUUGCCAUUUAGCAAAACUUUUUAUUUUUACUAUAUAUUAUUGUGCUAUACAGGAUGAAAAUGGCAAACUUAAAAUUUAAAAAAGAGGUUUUAGAACUUGUCAAAAUGGUUGUAAAAGUCUAAAAAAAAUAACAUAAUUUUUUUACAAUACAUGAAACUUAAUCAACAUUAUGUUUCUGUAACUCUCUAAAUGGACUUUCUACUAAGUCUAGUUUUCCAAAUAAUACAAGAGACACUAAAGACCUAAUUACAACAACUUUUGAAAACAUUCGGUUAGAUCAUGUGACUGAAAAUGUACUUUCCAGGACACGGGGAAGCCCUAGAUCUUACAGUAUUUAUUGGCGUAUAACACGCCCCCGCGUAUAACACGCACCUCAAUUUAAGAAGGAAAUUUCAGGAAAAAAAAACUAAACAUAUUGGCGUAUAACACGCACAUAUGAUUUGCCCCCUAUUUUCGGGGAGAAAAAGUGCGUGUUAUACGCCAAUAAAUACGGUAAUUAAUUUUUAAAAAAUCAUUUUUGUAAAUAAUAAUAGUGGACUUACUCAUUUAGUUACAGUGAUGAUAUUGGUCACUGUUGUGUCAUAUGAGAUUAUAUUGAGUUUGAAUUUUUGUCAAUUUUUGGAUUUAUUCCUACAGCUGUAACCUAGCUGGUGGAGACAGCUGGUUUUUAUUCAAACUGUUAGUUGGCUGCUAACUUCCAAGUUUGUUGGUUAAAGUUAUUUGACUGCCACCCAAGAAAAGCUGCCCCCUUUUGCUUAUGAUCUUGUUCUACCUAACAAUAUAUUUUUACUAUGCAGAUACUAUUUUUAGACCUGAGAAUUUAUCACCUGGCUUUAUCCAUACUAAUUUCAAGUAAUAAUCUUGGGUUUUGGAUCAUGUGACUUCAAAAUUUAAACUAUUCUGGGAUCUGAAUAGAGAAAACUGUUGAAUGGGAGAACUUAAACUUUAACACAAAUUUUGUUUGGAUAGAAAAAUUUAAACAUUGCAUAAAAUCAUUCAAAACUUUCCAGAUUAUUUUGUUUUUUGUUUCAUUUAUCAGUAAUUAUUUCACUGUAUUAAAAUUUUGUAAACAUCACGCACAGAAUGACUAAAUGGACUUGCUUCAUCUAUGGAGCCAAGUUCUAUAUUAUCAUUCUUACUUGUCUAGAUCUUGGACUGCACUGGUACAUAAAAUACAGUGUCCUUACUAUAUACAAUCUUUCAGGUACUGGCAGGUCAAAGAAAACUGCCAAGCGCAUGGCUGCUGCCAACAUGUUGGCACAGCUGAAAGCCUUAUCUCAAGACAAAGAGGCAGAAAAACAACUUGAAGACUCUGAUGAGGAUGAAGAAAUACCAUUGGUAAUAGUUUGUUUUUGUAACUUUAACUGUUCAUGACACCAAAAUUCACUAAUACUGAGACGACACUCGACACACUGACUUACAAGAACUCUCCAUAAUAACUUGCAUCCCGUGUUCACACAGCAUUUAUUCACCUUACAUUGUUUAGUUAUCUUUCAUUACCCGAACAAUUAAAUCACAGGACCGUGGACACAACUCAGAAAUUCUGAUAUUCCAUACACACCCAAAACAUGCUAAAAAAAUCAGUUAUUGACACCAAGUAUGGUACAAAAAAAGUAUGUUAUAGACAUUGACUCCAGAUUUUAAAACAAUACUGACAUGGUUUUUAUUUUUUUUUUAAAAGUUGGUAAAUGGCAAGUUGAAAAAUUUAUAAUUAAAAAAAAUUAUAUAUUAUAUUUAAAGAAAAGCUUUUGUCAAUGCAAAUUCAUAAUUAAAUUUUAUCAUUGCAACAAAUCACAAAAAUAUUUUUGUCGGUGAUUUCUUUCGCUCUGUAAAAUGAGUCUCUUACUCUCAAGUAGAUAUUUAUUGUUUCAGUUACUUUUAUCUUUUCACUUAAUGAUUUCAGGGAUUUGAAAAAUCUACAUUCACUGGUUUAAAACAGUCGAAAGGAAAGGCCAAACCAGUCAAUCCACAAUCAGCUCUUGAGAUUCAGCGAUUCUAUGAAAAAGUGAUGAUUGCAGGGGGCAAACAAAUUAGAGGUCAAGGUCAGACAUUGACUCCACCAACCAAUUACUGUCAGAUGCUGCAAGAAAUUGCUGAAGUUCAGAGAUUUGAAGUGCAAUAUUUUGAUAUAAAGGAUGAUAGUGCUAUGGGUAAGAGUUGUAACUUUUUAAUAUCGUAUAAUCAGGGAAUAUAGAAGAAUAAAUGGGUCAGGAUGCCAUGGUACCAGAGAUUUUUACCAGGCAUUGUAAUGUUUUAAAUAAGUUUUUUUUAAAAUAGUUAUGUUGUAAGAAAAAAUAUCCUGGUUAUCCUAGUCUUUUUACUCUAGGUAUAUUUUAUUUCGCUUUUUACAAGUCUGAAUAAUCGUAUCUUAUACUGGUAUACAUUAUAUUUUUAACAAUUAUCAUUGGGACUAAUAAUUUUUAUAGUAAACAGAAAUAUUUAAUCUGUCUUUAAAUUUAAAUCAGUAAAAAUAUAUUAAAAAAGUUUGUUAUAAAACAAAAGCUUUAUCAGUUUUAAUAUUGCUUGCAUUCUUUGAAUAAAUCACUAAUAGAAAAAUGCUGAAAUACAAGCAAAGUAAAUAAUUCACUCUACUACAUAACUGAAAAUAUUUUUGUUUUCUUUUGAUUGCCAGGACUGAAUCAGUGCUUAGUUCAGCUAUCCACAGCACCAGUUGCUGUAUGUCAAGGUACUGGGCCAAUUAUGGAUGAAGCCCAUGCCAAUGCAGCCCACAAUGCCUUACAUUACCUGCGCAUCAUGAUAAAAUAACCUUGGUGCCCAGGAGAUGUCAUAGCCUCACGCUAACCAAAUAGAUUGAAAGGUGGACUUGCAACUGCGAGUGCUAGCUACAAGACUGGUCUUUGUUACUUUCGCUAAAUCAUAAAUUAUACAGUCUAGCUUUUGUCAAAAACGAGUUAUGAGCUUGUUAUGCACUGAUUUAGGAGCUAUAUAUUUAUUUAUGGCAAACUUCAUUUACGGUACCAAAUACUUAUCAUGAUAUUAAAAAAAGAAAAUCAUAGUGUUACUACUGUGCACUGCACCUUUUAUUUGGUAUUGAGGAGUUUCUUCUAGUGCUGGUUUAGUAACAUUGUCUAGUCUUGCAAUGGUCAUGUCUGUUUUUCAAUAAUGUUUUAAACCUUAAUAUCAAUUUUUAAAAAAAUAAUUUUAGCAUUAUAUUUAUUUGUUAUAUUUAUAUUUCAAGUUAAAUUUUUAUGGUUUAGAUUAAGAUUUAUAUUUUUAAAUAAUAAUUUAUAUUUAAAUUAUUUGUUUUUCUAAAGUUAAGGUGAAUUUUUUUUAUGUUUUUGUUUCUUUUUAUCUUAAGUUAUGCUUCCAUUUAAAUUUUAUAAAGGUAAAAUUCAGGUGUUUUUUAAAAUUUUGUUGCUUUUUUUUUAAAAUCAAAGGUUGACUGCAAGAAGGUUUAAAACUCGCUGUUUGCAGUCCUGGUGUGAACUAUUUGGUUUUGAGUGUGAGGCUAUGUGAUAUCCUGGGAAUGUGCCAGGCCUUGUGAACGAAUGAGGAGUGACUUUGUAUUGUCUCUAUGUAUUUUCCUUGUUUUGUGUAAUUUUGCAGAUAUUUGUAAAGCUGUUUUACAUUUUCUACUAUGAAGCAAUUUGUAAAAGUAUGACUUUGAAUACAUUUGUUACCAAGAUUUAUUAUCAAGCAAAAACUGAACUUUUAAAAAAAUCUCUCAUUGACUUGACAUAAUAUCAAAUUUAAUUUAAAUCAAUGUUAGCAAAUUUGUGUAGAUUAUUCACAUUCUUCAUCAUGUCAUUCAUUGGCAUCACCUUAGGUAAAUAAGAUUUCACAAUACACUGUAUUAAGUGUAUUAUUGUUGUGAUUAUUUAAUAAAUGGCAAUUAAGUGAUUAUAUAUGUUUUAGGAGGUUGUCUUCCUAUUAAAGUCGAGAAUUUUCAUCUCAGCUACAAGUGAUAUUAAACUUAAAAUUUCAUUAUGUUCCAGUCUGAGACUUUUUCUCUACACUUGUUAGACUCGGCUCAGUCAUUUCAGUUCAAAUAACAACAAAGUACACAUUCUCUCCGUGUUCAAACCUUUAUUUUUUCAGAGGAAGAGCUUAGGCAUGAACAUACUGAGAUGACUAAGGGGAGGAUAAUCUUUAACAGCUUUUUGAACCUUAUAUAUUAUUAAAUAUUAAUAUUAUUGAUAAUUUUUUAGAAUGUCCUCCAAGCAAUUGGACCUAUCAAAAUAUGUAAUAUUUUUAUGCAUUUUUACUACAAUUGUACCAUCAUGGGAGAAGAAACCUUACAACUAUUGCCUUUUAUUAGCAGUAAAGUUCCUUUUGCUGUGACAUUCAUAUGCUCUUUUUUUUCUUUUUUUUUCAUGUCUAAGCCAUUCUUGCACAUUUUUCCAAGUUCAGUGUAGAUUGUGGAAACAUAUUUAAUACUCUGGCUUGUAAGGGAACAUUCUCAGUUUUACAAACAUUAGUCGGCUGAGAUCAGAUUUAUUUUUAAAAUGUUCACUUAACCUCUAAAGUGAAGCUGGGUGUGUUUUGUUAAUCAAGUAAAACUGAAUAAAUUGUUGUGGAAUGUGACAAAUAUAGUUAUUUUCCAGGACCUGGUAUUUUAAAAAUUUCAUGGUCAUGAUAAAUUUCUGUGUUGUUUUUUUCCUCAAGUUGCUGUUUGCACUUGGUUAUAUGUUUAUGCUUUUCUGAAAAUGUAAAUAGUGCAUGUUUCCUUGUAAGCCACUCCUUGACUGCCAAGUUUCUGCAUCCAGAAAGAAUAAAACUGGUACUUCCACAUGGAAAAAAAGAAAGCUCUUGUUUUUUUUUAUUUACCGUAUGGGUG